AUGACCGUCGCCGCUACCGCGCCCUCACACCCGCACCUCGAGCAGCUCCGCCCGGGCGUGCACCAGCUCGUCGUUGAUGGCAAGCCCUUCCUCAUGCGCUCUGGCGAGCUGAACAACUCGUCCAUGAGCUCGGCCGAGUUUAUGCGCGACGUCUGGCCCAAGAUGCAGCGCGAGAGCGUCAACACGCUCCUCGGCGGCGUGCACUGGGACCAGAUCGAGCCUGUCGAGGGCCAGUUUGAUUUCUCAGAGCUCGACCAGGUUAUCGUCGAUGCCCGCGCGCACGGCAUCCGACUGGUGUUGCUGUGGUUUGCGUCGUUUAAGAAUGGUUCGUCCGAGUACGCCCCCGGUUGGGUCAAGACCGACUCGAAGCGCUUCCCGCGCCAAAAGGUCAAGAACGCAGACGGAAAGGUGACGACGGCCAACUAUCUCUCAGUGUGCGACCCCAAGCACACUGGUCGCGACGCCGACGCCAAGGCGUUCAAGCGCCUGAUGGAGCACGUGCGCGAAGUGGACGGCGCGCACGGCACGGUCAUCAUGGUGCAGGUCGAGAACGAGACUGGUCUUCUCGGCGACUCGCGCGACCGCAGCGCCAUCGCCGAUGGCCUCUUCGAGGCCGCCGUCCCCGCCGACCUGGUGGAGGUCUUUGCGACGCGAUGGGACAGCUUCAACGAGACGAUCCGCUCGACGUUUACCAAGCAGCAGGCCUCGGGCUCUAUCAAGGCCUCGGCGACCUGGGAGGAGGCGUUCGGCUCGAGCAAGUCGACCGACGAGUUGUUCCAGGCCUACCACUACUCCAAGUAUGUCAACGCCGUCGCUGCCGCGGGCAAGGCGGUGUACCCCAUUCCACACUACACCAACGCGUGGCUCCGCAACAUCCCCGACGGCGCUGCCGUGGAGGGCGCGACCGUUGUGGGCUUUGGCGGCAUCUUCCCCGGCGCCUACCCAUCAGGCGGCCCCGUCGAGACUGUGAUGGACAUCUGGAUGGAGUUUGCGCCAGCGCUCGACUUCCUCGCCCCCGACAUCUACAUGGACGGCUACGAUACCACCCUGGCACUGUACACACAUCGCGCCCAGCCGCUGUUCGUUCCCGAGCAGCGCCGCGACACGUUUGGCGCCAUCCGCGUGUGGUCUGCGAUCGGCAAAUACGGCGCGCUGGGCGCGACGCCGUUCGCCAUCGACUGCGCCGAGCCCGAGGACUCGCCGUACACCGAGCACUACGCGCUGCUCAAGCAGGCCGCGCCGCACAUCUUGCAGGCGCGCAUUGAGGGACGCCAGAUCUCCGGGUUCCACUUUGAUGCCUUCGAGAAGGGCAGCACCGACCCGUCACCAGCCCGCACGCUCGUGUUUGGCGAGUGGGAGCUGCUUGUCGAGCGCGCAAUGGUGUUCGGCCACCCCGCCGAGGCGUACGGCAUCAUCAUCCAGGCCGCCGAAUCGAACAAGUUCCUCUUCAUCGGCGCCGGAUUCCAGGUUACGUUCAAGUCGACGAACAAGGACGCAACUUACACCGGCAUCCUGACGUGUGACGAGAAGGUGGUCGUCGACGACGAGACGGGCGAGCUCCGCACCGGUCGGAUGCUGAACGGCGACGAGACCCAGCAGGGCAUGAAGGUUAUCAUGCCCAGUAAGGAGAUUGACUUUGGGGACUACUGGUUCAUCGCCAUGACAGUGCCCGCGAGGACACGUAUUGCCGAGUGCAGCGUGUACGCGUUGUAUGACUAG